UUUUUUCUGUUUAAUUUUGUAAAUUUAAUAAAAAAAAAAAAAAAAAUGCCGAUCUUAAAGUUGCGCACCCUCGACGGAAGAAUCUACAGAGUUGAUUCUGAUUUGGUGAAAUAUUCGAUAAAUUUAAAAAAAGAAUUAGAGAAAGUCGACAUCGAUAACUUGCAAGAAGGCGAAAUAAUAAAUUUGCCUUACAGCGACCCAAAAUUGAUAAACAGGUGCAUCAAUUUUGUAAAGUUACAAGCCAAGUAUUUAGAACCAACUCGCAAAUAUUUAUCAACUGAUUCAGAUGUCUCAAACGAUGGGUUUGUUAGGUCAAAUAGCUCUCAGGCGCGAGAAAAGUUCUACUUAGAAUCAUCCGAUGGAAUCCAAUUCUUAGUUGGCCGUGAAGUUAUUGAAGAAUCAGCAGUAUUAAAAGAUAUGCUUGAAAUGACUCCAGACGAUCCAUCUUCUAUCAUACCUUUACCAAAUGUUCAUUCAAAACACAUGAGGAUGAUUAUAGAUUUGGUAAAGAUAAAGCAUAACCAUGAAGAUGAAGAUUCGCUUGACCGAGAGAAGAAUAUUUAUAAUUACAUGCAGAGGUUCGGACUAAAAGAAGCGGUUGAAAUACUGCAAAUAGCAACUUAUCUCCAAAUGCAUUUGCUAAUUGCCGCAGCAGCACCUACAGUUAGUAAGUUUUUGUCCACAAACCGUCAUCGUCCAAACUUUAUUCGGGGAUUUCUUAAACUUGAAGAUGAUUUGACCGAAGAAAUGAAAGAAGAAUUAAUUAAAGACCAAAUGAAUUAUUUUUAAAAUCAAAGAAUCAAAAUAUUAUUGUAUUUCAUUUCAUU